AUGCCGACCACUGUGCCACAUAGCCCCAGCCCAGCGGCUUUUCCGCUGUCGGAGCUCCCAUCUCAGCAGCAAGUGGUCUCCUUUCAACCAAUCCCCAGCCCAACACCCACGGGAUGUGCGGUCUGCAUCCUGAGCGACAAAGCCCUACUAAGCCACGAACUAUACUUCUGCCCGAAAUUUAGGGCCAUGUACCACCGGCCCUGUCUCUACGCGCUGCAGCAGCAGAGGAGCCAUCAGCCCUCCCCGGCAGCAGCGCUUUUCAGGUGCCGAACCUGUGGGAUCGAGGGCGACCAGCCCCAGGAGCAGAAGAUCCCAGGCCCAUCCCCAAUCCCGACUCCCAGCCCACCCUCGGCCCCCGUCACCCCUGAAGCCUCCCGGCCCGUUAUCACCACCCCGUAUCACUACAUCCGCACCUCAGCAGGACUCUACAUAUGCACCUACAUCUCCAUCGCACCGGACGGGACCACCCGGUCCUGUAAUCUGCAAUUCAGCGCGUGGCCGAACUACCUCAGCCAUCAUCACCGGGCGCAUGAACGGGCGGCGGAUGUAGGGCAUUCCUGCGAGAUUUGUGGGGUAAGUGGUGGUAUUAGUGGUGUCAGCACCGCGAACACGACCACGACUGCGAUAGCUACCCCUGCCCCUGCCCCUGCCCCUGUCAUUACUCUCACUGAUUUCCUUCUGGCCGUGGAGGCGGAGUCCAACGAACCACCGCUGCAUCUCCUGCCUCCGCCCCUCCUUCCCGAGUCGGAACGAGAGGUCAGCAUCAUGACCGGCCCAGCACCGACUAACGUUACCCCAAUCCCAGCCCCAGUCCCAACCCCAAGCCCACACCCCACCACCCCCACAGACACCAAAAGACCCAUCCUCGAGCCCGCAUGCUACCACUACUCCAAGCGCACCGAAGAAGGCCACUUCAUCUGCACCUUCCCCCUCCCCACAAGGACCGGGACCGGGACCGGGACGACCACCGCGACGGAACCCUGCGGAUGGUGCAUGGAGACGUCGCAGGGGUACAAGAAGCAUUUUUGGCGGAAGCAUCUGCGUGAAGCCGAGGCGCGGGGCUCUCGCAGUGCCAUCACCAGCAGUAAUCAAGGUAACAGUACCAGCACUGGUGCUAAGGCCGGUAGGGGUAAAAUCACCGCCGAAGCAAGCCCGGUACUUGAACCUCGACAUCUGAAGCGUCGACGGCGGUCUUCGAUAUCGUUUACAUCGUGUGUUUCACUGACCUCACCAGUACCCCCACCCGCAAACCCAAUCCAAAUGGAACUGCUCCUGCAAUCGCAGCAACAGUACAUCCCGCGGCCGCGGCCGCAGGCGCAGCCACCGCGCAUCCGCCCGCCUCAGCCGCGGUUCUGCCCGCUCUGCGCGCAGGAUUUCGAGAAUCUGGGCGCGCUGGUCCAGCAUCUGGAGGCCGACCAUACCGCGGAGAUUUCGUGUCUGUCUGCUGCGUCUGGGGUGUCACCGGGAUUGGUGGGGCCAGCUGCUGUAUCUGGAGAAGGAGCAUCCGGAGUGGGAUGGGUUGUUCGCGGAUCCGUUGACGCUUCGGCAGGUACUGUUUUUUUAGGGUGGGGAUUGUUUUUUCUGCGCUAG